GCGGGGUUCCGGAGGCCGCCUGAGUGCUGACGCUCUCUUCCGUUCUGCUGGCAGCGGCAGGAGCAGAGAUGAAGCUCUUGGUUUUCGCGCUACUGGUUGUGUUCUCCUCCGUCCGCUGCGAGGAAGGGGCCAGGCUCCUGGCCUCCAAGUCUCUGCUGAACAGAUAUGCCGUGGAAGGGCGAGAUCUCACUUUGCAGUACAACAUCUACAAUGUUGGUUCUAGUGCUGCUUUAGAAGUAGAGCUUUCGGAUGAUUCCUUUCCCCCAGAAGACUUCGGCAUUGUUUCCGGCAUGCUCAACGUGAAAUGGGAUCGGAUCGCCCCUGCCAGCAACGUGUCCCAUACGGUGGUCCUGAGGCCCCUGAAAGCCGGCUACUUCAACUUCACAUCAGCCACGAUCACGUACUUGGCCCAGGAGGGAGGCCAGGUGGUGGUUGGCUUUACCAGCGCCCCGGGACAAGGGGGGAUCCUGGCCCAACGCGAAUUCGACAGGAGGUUUUCGCCCCACUUUCUGGACUGGGCAGCCUUUGGGGUCAUGACUCUGCCUUCCAUCGGCAUCCCACUUCUGCUGUGGUACUCAAGCAAGAGGAAGUACGACACUUGCAAGACCAAGAAGAACUGAGCGGCGCCCAGCCAAUCCAAUCCCCUUCCCGUCACGGUUGCAUUCAGGAGCGGCAGCAGGAGAGCUCCACCCCCGGAGCUCUUAUCAGGCGAGGCGAUUUCGGGGUUGGCCUGCCGUCGGACGCGACGGAUAGCCGGGUGUCUCUGACACAGGGCUGCCUCCUCCUGUUUGCUGUGCCGUACACGUACAGCCCCUCACCGGCCACGGUGCUGAGACAUCCAUCGGCAACCGAGACGACUCCUUCCGCAUCAGACCCGCUUUCCUCGGCCAAAAGGGAGUACUGCAAGAAAGAAGCACACUCGACCGCCCCCCGGAGAGGAAAAAUCAGAGCCAGGGAACAGAUCGAUUCUCUUUCUCUCCGAGAGAUCUGCCGUGCCCUGUAGUGACAGGGUGUUUUUUUUACCAUAAAAAUAAAACACAAACCAUGAA